AUGCACUGGAACUGGUUCACCAACACGGUGGAAACCGCCGUCCCCAAGAAACCGGUCAAGUUCGUGUCGCCCGACCACGAACCUGCCACCAUGACGGAUAUUAUCGCCGCAGCAGUGCCUGAAUUCGCUUCUGGAGCCUCAUGCUACAUGAGUCCCAUGUUGCCCACAGGCCAUUUGCACACCGCCUACACCGCCCUCAACAAGUUCGAAUACACCGAUAAAAUCCACUAUAAGAGACGCAUCUUGACCAUCGAAGACAUUACCUACCAGGUCAAGGGCGAGGCACUCAAGUACGACGGGUUCCAGGGCGCCAGCACCAUCGCCGUGGACUACGUGGUGCCGGAAGACAAGCUCGCCACGGGAACUGGUGACCAGUUCCGUCCCGCAUCCCAGACCAUCCCGUUAUUGCCACGGACCGCCUACCUCGAUCCAGCACACGAGCACGAGAUCUUGGACAAUGACAAGCCGUUGUUGAUCGCAUUGCACGGGUUGGCUGGCGGAUCGUACGAGUCGUACAUCCGUGCCCAGCUCGCAGUAAUGGCACCUGAAUUCGACGCAUUAGUGUUGAACGCUCGCGGGUGCGCCAACCACACCAUCACCUCGCCUCAGUUAUUCAACGGAUUGUGGACCAACGACUUGCGGUACCUCAUCAACCACCACAUCCGUCCCACCUGGCCCAACAAGCGCAUCUACUUGAUGGGGUUCUCGUUGGGAGGCGCCAUCGUGGCCAACUACGUGGGCCAGGAGGCCGACGCCAUCGACCCCAUGAUCAAGGCAGCGGUGGUGGUGGGUUCGCCCUGGAACUUCACCGACAGCUCGCUCUUGUUGCGCGAGAGCUUGAUCGGACGCAGCAUCUACUCGUCAGCCAUGUGCCAGAACUUGCUCAAGUUGUUACGCGCCCACGACGCCGAGUUGCAAAAUAACAUCCACUGGAGCGAGUUCAUCAAAAACCCCCAGGACUACGUGGUGUCCAAGCUCUGGGAGUUCGAUGACGUUUUCACCUCCAAGAUCUUUGGCUUCAACAACGGAAACGACUACUACCGCCAUGCUUCGCCCGACCAGCGUCUCUACAAGGUGCGCGUGCCCACCAUCAUCUUGAACUCCAAGGACGACCCCAUCGUAGGCUCACGCACCUUGCCCUACCAUGAGGUCAAGAUCAACCCCUACACCCACUUGAUCACCUCGUCCAUCGGGGGACACUUGGGGUGGUUCAAGGCCAACGGCGCCCGCUGGAACGUGGGGCCCGUGGCGGCGUUGUUGAAGGAGUUGGAUGCAAACUGGAAGGUAGACCACCACAGCAUCGCCAAGGAAGACUUGCCAUACAAUUUGGACAACACCUGGCAACAUGACAGAAUCGUGUCCCACUGA